AAAGUACGUCGUGUUACAUCUGCUGGUAAACACGCCCUCAGAGCUACACUGAAGAAGAUUUCAAUUUUUCAAGUAAUUCUACAUUUAUCGAUCUUUCAAGAUGAAGGGUUUUGUUUUUAUGCUCCCGCUGUGUAUGAUGUUCGCAAUGUUCGCAAAAGUGGAAUCGGCCUCCAAUAAAUGUAUGGGAAUACAGAUGGACAUUGGAACCGGCAUGAACAUAAAGAGAUCUCCGGUCAUACCACCUCUCAGCCCUAGCUGCCAAAAUAAAUUGAAGAACGCAGGGAUAAUUCCGUCGAUGCCAAUGUGUCCCAAGGGAAAUGGCUGCACAGUGACCUAUAAGGCAGUGACGUCGAUCAGGUUGAGUGGCGGGAAAAGGUGCACAGUCGUCUGCCCCCAUGUCCUCCAUUAUCCUAAAGUAGAGUGCGACGAUCAUGAGAAAUGUCCGGGGAAUAAGAAAUGCCAGAGGGACGACGACAGAUACACGAAAACGUACCGAAUUUUGGCAAAGUGCCCCGGUGAAACCAUCUUGCUUGUAUCCAACCAGGCCACGUGCUGCGACUGCUUGAGCUCAUUUUUCUUAGACUUUUCCUCAUUAUUUUCCCUCGGAAAGAAGUAGUGCAGAAAGGACUGAUAUUUUCAUAUCCUCUUCUGGUCAGUUAUCUCAAAUGAGUUUAUCGUCCAAAUGAGGGCUUGUCUAGAAUAUGUUGACUCUUUACGGGCGUUUCCGUACGUCAUCGGGGGUUUCCGGCCGUGUCAUCAUGGUGACGAGGGAAAUGAUUACAAUCGAUUGGUCUGUUGAUUCAGUGACUGAUUCCAUGUGUCUUUAAAGGUUUUAUGGCACGUGUAAUGGUCUCAUGAAAAUAAGCAAACAGUGUGUUGUAUAGGUUAAGAUUUUUAUCUCAGUUUUUCGUGGUCGUCGACUCCAUGAACCAAGAUUUGCCAAAAAGGAAAAUAUUUUAGUGCUUUACUUAAGAAUAUAUAUUGUCCAAACACACGGCCAAAAUGAUAUGUUAAUUCUGAUGAAAUCUGUAAAGAAGAACAAUAUUAAACCACCUUGCUUUUUCAUUCCGAGCGUCGAUAUAUUGGCUUACAUUGGUUACGACCGUUCGCCUUGUUUAGAUGUUUUUAGUUAAGAUGACGAUUAAAAUACUUGUUAUAAUCAAUUUGGACCCUUCCGCAAACUACCAUUUGAAAGUACAGGUAUAUUGGUACAUAGGGCGAUUUUGUGACAAAAAUAAUUUUCUGCGCUGAAUAUAACUAACGUACAGUAUGAACACUUCCGUAUUUUGUGGACUGGAAAUGUGGUGUUAUCUCGGUUUGGGCAGUGUUGAAAAUAGGCGACAUCCAUAGACUAUUUAUGACUUCAAACUUUGCAAUGUAAAUGUAUUUUUAUAUUAAGUCAAGGAAUAUUAAUUUUGAUAUGGUUUUAGGAUUUGAAACUGUUCUUUUGUAACCGUGUAUUGCUCUGUUAGUUCAGCCGUUGUAUUGAAUAAACAGUGGUGAAAAGUGAA